AACCUUGUUACAAUAUUUUAUCAUUUUAUGAAAUCGACUGUGUAAAGCCUGUGAAACAAAUAUUGGUUUUGAAACGAUGAAAUCGUUCGAUACAAUCUUAAAGCACACAACGUAGCAUUUUGAAGAACCACGUCGUGUUAAAUGACAUUCAUUUUAUUAUAAGGAAUGGAAAAUACGUAAAAAUGGAAGCAAUACGUAGAUUUCGAUUAGAUUUCUGCGAUUUACCAACUAUGAUCGAAAAUGUUGAUGUCUUAUUGAGGAUUGUUAAUGUUAAAAUUGUUAAAUCCAAUGACCGACAUCCUAUGAUUUUAUCAAUAUUUUCUUUAUUUUCAGCCAUCAACAUCAUAAUACUAUUACUAUGGAUGACUUCUCUUGUAUGCUACUAUCAUGCCUACGUCGUUUCGACAAUAUGGUUCGUGUUCAUUCGGUGUCCAGAAACAGGAGACUUGAUAGCCGCAUCAAUUAUAUUCUCUCUGGCUGCGUGUAGUCAGCCAUCGUUCAUCACCAUAAAAAAGGUCCAAGGAUUAAUAGAAAAUGUUCAAGGAUUCAAUUACUUCGUUAAGCCGGAUACAACCUUUUCCAAAAACAUUCACACACAUUUACGCUACAUCAAAAAACGUGCCAUGGUCGUGUGGAUUACUAUGGUCGUUGAUGGAAUGGUGUACAUCUUGAUACCUAUAAUAAUGCCAGGAAGACACCUGCCUGAAGAUCUUCAAAUAAUCUAUGGAUUGGAACCUAUGUUCAAGUCCCCCAACUUCGAAAUCGCCAUGAUUAUCACAGCAUUAGGCGUGUAUAUUUGCGUAUUUUCGCUAGCAAAUGUAACAGCAAUGAACAUAGUCAUACUCGGCUACAUUGAAGCGCAAAUGAUCGCCCUCAGCAAAGAAAUCAAGAAUGUGUGGAAUAGCGCGGAAUAUUCCUACAGAAAGCACGCUAUCUCCUACAAAAAUUUUGUUGAAACCAAGAAGAUAGAACAUUUAGGUCUGAUUGAGCUUGAGCAACCAUAG